AUGUUUCAGUGUGUUCUCUUUGUGGUACUGUUGCCUGUACUCUCUAUACCCGUUGCGGUGGUAAGGAAGCCGAGUCCUUUCGUGAACGACGUGACUGUCGCUGAUGCAUUUUCUGGGUCGCUUCCUGGCCGACAUGCUAGAGCGACCAAAACGGACUACGGUCAGCACGGAGCGGACUGGAACGAGGGCACGUGUCAAACGGGUACUGGUCAGUCGCCCGUUGAUUUUGGUCCUGGGUUCAAUGUAACAGUGCCCGACCCGGUAGUCGCCGGGAACGCGGACUUGAGCGUGCUGCGGACCGCUUCGGAAAACACGAUGAUUAACUACUCAGAGGACGGGAUCGUGGUCAACGGCGGCCUGAAGAGCAGCGUGGAGCUGAAGCUACCCGAGGCCGAGAGCAGUCUGCAGCUGGACUCUUUCCACUUCCACGUGGAGAGCGAGCACACCUACAACGGUGCCCACAGUCCGGCGGAAGUGCAUUUUGUUUUUGCGGACAAUGAUGGAGCGCCGAAGGCUGUGGUCGGGUUUACCAUCUCUGAAGGGGAUACGAGCCCAUUGCUGAGGACCCUGCAACAGGCGUACGUGAACGCGUCGGGCACUGAAGGCUCCAGCACAAACGUUGUCUUCGAGUGGGUAAAUGGGAACUUCUUCGAGACUGUCGGCAUCAAGGGGAGCGAUGCCUCAGUGUACACCUAUCAAGGAAGCUUAACUACGCCGGCCUGCGAUGAGCCGAUCCACUGGAUCCUUGGCAAUAUCACAGCCACCAACGACGAGAUCCAGUGGCUCAGUCCUUUGUCCUACGGCAACUGGCGAGUUGUUCAGGACACCACUGGCAGAACUCCGCAGACACUCACCCUCAGAGAUACCAGUCCGCCUCUAUCUAGCUCGACCGAGAGCCCAACUGCAGCACCGGCCGAGAACCCGACCGGAAGUCCAACCACAAGUUCAACAGCACACAUGAGCGAACACUCCACUGAGAGCCCAACCGAAAGCUCUGGUGCUCACGCCGAUAUUUCGGCCGUUGCUAUCGGGACCGCUGUUCUUGCCGUCAUGGUUCUUCUCUGA